UGCAUAAAACCUUGAGGGACCAAAUUCCUCGUGUCAUCCCUCUGCAACCUAGAGAGAGAGAGAAACGUGUCCCGUCCUAGAGUUCCAGUCUUCUUAUAUUGACUAGAUUACUGUGCGGCUUUGCUUGACUUUGUAGAGGAGAGAGAGAGAACACCAUGGAUGUGUUCUUGAACUUCUCUAAGGACACGGGAAAGGGCUUCACAGCCCAUCUCCACAACGCUCUCAAACAAUCGGGUCUCUCCACUUCCUUCACAAAACAACAACAACAACAAGAAGAUGGUGAUGAUAAUACGAAAAUAGGGGAGAUCAUAUUACCCAGUGAUACGCAGAGAGCCAUUGAAAAUUCUCAGGUUUUUAUAUGUAUAUUUUCUAGCAAUUACCCUUCCUGUGUCUCCUGCCUUGAGGAGCUGUCUUUUGUGGUGAGGUUGGAGGGGAGAACAAUUCUUCCUGUUUUUUACCAUGUCGAGCCUUUUCAUGUCGGAAGGCAAGCAGGGGUUUUUAAGGCGGCUUUCCAGGAUCAUGAAAAUAGGUAUGAUGGGAAGAGAGUGGAGAGGUGGAGAGAUUCUCUCAAAGAAGUUGGCAAAAUUUCUGGUUGGGAUCUUGGAGAUGGGAAUGAAGCAGAUUUGAUCGAUAAAGUUGUUGAAUGGGUUUUAGCCAACUUGAAUUACACGUCUUUGUAUGUUGCUGAUCAUAUCGUUGGACUUGAUUCUCGAGUCAGUGAGGUUGUGGGACUCUUAGAUGUCAAUGCUGAUGAUGUCCGAAUUAUUGGGAUCCAUGGUAUGGGUGGGAUUGGCAAGACCACUCUUGCCAAGGCAGUCUACAACAAAAUAUUUUCUGGUUUUGAAGGCAGUUGUUUCCUCUCAGAUAUAAGGGAUCAUGGACUUGUGAGCUUGCAAAAGCAACUUCUUCGUGAUUUGUUUCAUGAAGGAGAGCCAGAUAUAAAUCACGUUGAUAAGGGUAUGCUUCUUAUCCGGAAUAAAGUACGGUCUAAGAGAGUUCUUGUUAUAUUGGAUGAUGUCGAUCAUAAGGAGCAACUUGAGAAAUUGGCUGGUAAAAGGGAAUGGUACUGUCCUGGAAGUAGGAUAAUUGUCACCACCAGGGAUGAGCAUGUUUUGAAUGUUCAUAGAGUAGAUAGGUGUCAUAUCUAUGAGCUCAAAGUAUUGAAUGACUCCCAAUCACUUCAACUCUUCAGUAAGUAUGCAUUUGGAGUAGGCCAACCUGGACAUGAAUUCAUAAAGCUUUCAAAUAUUGUGGUUACGAUUGCUGGGGGGCUUCCCCUAGCCCUCAAAGUCUUUGGAUCAUAUUUAUUAGAUAAGACAACCAUAGAGGAGUGGGAAGAUGCAGUGAGAAAAUUGGAAAAUAUUCCUGAAGAUGAUAUUCUAUUCAAGCUGAAGAUAAGCUACGAUGGACUAGCUGAAGAAGAUAAGUGGAUUUUUCUUGACAUUGCGUGCUUCUUCAUAGGAAUGGAUCGAGAUUAUGCCAUUGAUAUAUGGAAAGGUUGUGAUCUCUAUGCUUCAAUUCCAAUAAAAAAUCUCUUACAGAAGUCACUAAUAACAUUUGAUGGUGAUAAUAAGUUGCAGAUGCAUGACCAACUUCGCGACAUGGGGAGGCGUAUUGUUAAAUUAGAAAACCUUGGAGAUCCUGGCAGACGUAGUAGGUUGUGGUUUCAAGACGAUGUCUUUGAUGUGUUGAAAUAUCGCAAGGGAACAGAAAAGGUUCGAGGCUUAAUCCUAAACCUAGGAGAAAAAGAUGAAUCUUCAACACAGGAAAGGCAUUGGGAUAUUGAAGCAUUUGAGCCGAUGAUCAAUCUGAAACUACUGAGAGUCAGUUAUGCAUUUAUUGAUGGAAGUUUUAAAGUUCUUCCUUCAGAAUUAGUAUGGCUACAAUGGCAAGGUUGCCCUUUUGGGUCCGUGCCAAAUGAUUUUAAUCCUGGAAAGCUUGUUGUCCUUGAUUUGUCACGUAGCAAGAUCAAGCAUGUAUGGAAGGAGGCAUCUCAAAAUAAGUCAAAUCACAAGUUGAAGGUUCUUGACCUCGGGGACUGCUAUUUUCUAUUGAGAACUCCCAACUUUUCUCCAUUUCCGAACUUAGAGAAGUUGAAUCUCCAAAGAUGUGUUAGUCUGGUUGAGGUGCAUAGAUCCAUUGGCCAUCUUAACGAAUUAAUUUAUCUAAAUAUGACAGGCUGUACUGACCUCAAGGAACUGCCAAAUGAUAUUUCAAGGAUGUGUUCUCUUCAAAAGCUUCUCCUAUCUGAGUGUGUUAAACUUAGCAAGUUACCAGAGCAGUUAGGUUCUUUGAAGUCUUUAAGAGAGCUUCUCAUUGACAGAACCGCCAUAGAAAAAUUGCCUAAAUCUAUUGGAUCCUUGAAGAGACUACGCAAGAUUUCUCUAAGUGGAUGUCUAUUUCUUAAAGAAUUGCCCACUUCAAUUGGUGAAUUGCUAUCUCUACAAGAGCUCACUUUAGAUGGUACUGCCAUCAGAGAACUACCAAACUCCAUUGGUUCAUUAAAAAAGCUCGAAAUUCUAAGUGCUCGAUGGUGUGGCUCUCUUACAGUGUUGCCAAAUACAAUCGGUGAUCUAGAGUCCCUAUUAGAUCUCCUCUUGGAGAAAACAUCCAUUUCUGAACUACCAAAUUCAUUAGGGAAACUGUCGAAUUUGAGAAGGUUAUGGGUAACUGGUUGCAAAUCACUUAAUAGAAUUCCUGAGUCUGUCGGGGAAUUGAAUGUGCUCGUUCAACUUCGUGUGGAUGGGACACAGAUAAUAGGAUUACCUGAUUCCAUCGAAACUCUUAGUGAGCUUGAGGAGCUAGAUAUAAGGAGAAGCAUAUUGUUUAGUAGAUUACCCGUUUCAAUUGGAAAUUUGAGUAGACUUACUAUCGUGCUCCUUGAUAACACUAUCAUAACAGAGUUACCUGAUUCAAUAGGCUCAUUGGUGAACCUUAAGAAGUUAUCUUUGAGAAAGUGCAAGAAAUUCAGUAGGUUGCCAGCGUCAAUGGGAAAGAUGAAGUCUUUGCGCCAUCUGAACAUAGAGGAAACUGCUAUAGUCAAAUUACCAGACGACUUUGGCAGUCUUUCUAGCUUGAAUGUGCUGAAAAUGCCAGAUUGUCCACAGUUCAAAGAGUUCCCUCAAAACUUUGGAAGUCUUACAAGUUUAAGGACUCUCGAUAUUCACAACAAUGGUAAAUUGACAAGACUUCCAUCUGCUCUUUCAUGUCUUCAUUCGAUGGAAGAAUUGAAUGCAAAUCACUGUAACCUAGAAGGUAGCAUUCCUGAUGAGUUUGAAAAGUUGUAUUCAUUGACCACCUUGAGACUCCGGAAUAACAAAUUCCAUCAGCUUCCUAGUAGUAUGAGAGGUCUUUCUCAGCUGAAAACACUAUUUUUAUCUCAUUGUACGCAGCUGCGCUCUAUCCCUGAACUCCCUACCAGUCUGGCUAUUCUGGAUGCUGUGAACUGCACAGCUUUGCAAACUAUAUCCGACCUCUCUCACGUUUCUAAACUACAAGAAUUGCGUCUCACAAACUGUGAGAGGCUGAUUGAUAUACAGGGCAUCGAUCAGAUGAAAUCUUUGAGACAAUUGUUAUUGAAUGGAUGCAGCCCUCGCGUAUCAAGGAGUAUCGCUAAGGAGACAUUCAAUCAUUUAUGGUGCUUUGGUAUUUCGGGAAGCAAGGUUCCAGACUGGUUCAUGUUUCAGAAGCUAUCUUGUACAGUACCGCGACUUUCAGAUCAAGACCUCAAGAUUAGAGGAGUGAUAUUGUGCUUUGUUAUUUCUCACAACAGUGAGAUUCCAAUUGACUUUGUCCCUGACAUUCCAGAUGUCCUGUUUAUGAUCAUUAGAAACGGUACAAGAAGGUUUAGUACUAUGCUUAGAUUGGGGGUUCCUAAAGCUCACCAAGAUCAAGUCUAUUUAUUCCAUUUUCAAGAAGGUGGUCACAUUCUGCCCAUGUUAGAAGGUGGGGAUCAAAUCGAAGUAGCUAAGAGAUCUCCACCGAUGUUCCCAUCCAUUCAAUUGAAAAAGGGAGGGAUUCAUCUGGUUUACAAACCAGAACAAACCCAGGAUUACAUUCAAGAAAAGUUGGCAGAGUUCUGCAACUCAAUGGAUUGUCAUGAAAAUUUACCUCCUCAUUAUCUCAGAAGGAAAGUGCAAGCUGGCAUUUUGCUAUGGGUUUUCGUCCUUCUUUACUUUGUUUGGAUGAGGUCCCUCUCACAGGCCAAACCAAAAGUACAUUGCAGCAUGUACAUUGUUCCGGUGAAAGGCACCCAGUUUUUCUUGCAUUACUGCUCUAACCUUGGAGCGGACAAAGCCUCAGAUUAAGAAGAGAAGCUCUUUUAUGGGUGAAACAUUUGUGAGGACGUUGCGGCGAGAUUUAGAAUAAGAUUAAUUAAUCACUGUGAAAGUUGGCACUAAAGAAAGUUGGGAUGAUGUUUCCAAGGUAAUGUGGGAGGGGAACUGUAAGCCUGGAUUUGUGUAGGUUGUCAAUUAUCCAUGAAUGGUUGGUGUCUAGAUGCACGGUGAGACUAAGCUUAUAAAGUUUAAUCCUAUUUAGAGAACGUCAGUGAUUGAUCUAGAAAUUAUACCCCCAAUUCUCAACUCUAUACUCCUUGAGACAAUCUUACCUUGAAUAAUGAGAUGUGGGUAGUCUUAUGGAUCCAUGUCUAGAGGGGUUGGUCAAGUUUGUCCCAUAGAUGAUGAAUUUCAUGUGUCCUAGAGACAUUGAGGUACAUGAAUGUCUAAUAGAAUUUAGAAGAGUCAAUGAUGCUUCUAUGCAUCAAGUCUUCUAUGGUUUUAAUAAUACAAAGUGUUAUUAUGUUUUC